ACAGGUACCUCGCUUUAGCUUUCCUGUCGGCUACUAGUAAGAGACCGACAGAGAGAGAGAGUGGAUUCCAGGAAGAGUGCCAGUGCCAGGUGAUUACCAUUUUGGGUCAAGGACCGAAAGCAAGCACUGUGUGUUUUACAUAUACAUGUUUUUCACGUGGAUUCCAGAUCACCCUUGACCAAAAUGAGCAACGUGGUAGUGUUAGUGUGCGGCGGAGCAAACGUUGCCCAUGUGGUAGCUGGUCUCGCAGCCUCUCGCGAGAAUAUCGAAGCACGAGUCCUUGUGCUAAAAGAAGACGAGGCUGAGCAGUGGAGGAAAAAUCUGAAGGAUGGAGAUUUUGUGGUGCAGACGACAGACGUAGAGGGAGACCCAGUCGAAAUAAAAGCUAAGCCCAGGACAGUGUCAAAAGACCCUAAAAGGGUUGUCCCGGGAGCAAAUGUAAUUAUUCUGACAAUGCCUUGGCCUGACAACAACACUUAUCUAGAGGCUAUAUCUCCCCAUGUGGAUAAUAAUUCAAUAAUUGUAGGCAUCACCGGGCAACCUGGAUUCGAAUUCGGGUGUCUGGACAUCUUGAAGUCUAAAGCGAAUAAAUGCACCAUUGUUGCGUUCUCCGAUAUACCCUGGGCAUGUAGGAUUGUUGAAUUCGGAAAGAAAGUUAAAGUUCUGGCGAAUAAGAUUUCCGUUGAUGUGUCGGUUAUAAACGGGAAGAGUAAACCGGCACACAAGCCGGUGGAGUUGCUACAGAAGAUUGUUGGGCCACAGCACGAGGUGGAGCCAAGAAAGAACUACCUGGAACCAUACCUGACGAAUAUGUCUGUGAUUCACCCCACCCUCAUGUACGGCAAGUGGAAGGAUUGGGACGGAAAGCCGCUGGACAAGAAACCACCCUUUUAUAAAGAAAUUGGCGACAAAUCGGCAAAAUUACUGCAGAGCAUUGCCGACGAGAUGUUUGAAAUUGUGAAAGUGAUGAGCGAGAACCCGAAAUUGGACAUGUGGCAUGUUCUGCACCUGUACGACUGGUUUCUGAACGAAUAUGCCGACAACAUCUCAGACACAAGCAGUCUACUUACCUGUCUCAGCACCAAUUCUGCCUUCGACGGCGUUUGUCAUCCCAUGAAUAUAGCGGAAGAUGGGACCUUUGUUCCCAAUUUUCAGUACCGGUAUUUGGUUGAAGAUGUACCAAACGGUCUCGUGAUGGCCAAGGGUCUUGCUUUGAUUGCCAAAGUCAAGACUCCAGUUGUAGACGAGGUCCUACUGUGGUGCCAAGACAAAAUGGGAAAGGAGUAUCUAAAAGACGGGAAACUAACUGGUAAGGACAUCAAAGAAACUGGCUGUCCUCAGCGUUGUGGGUUCAAGACCGUAGAGGAUCUUGUAAACGUUAUGUUUUAGCUCUUUCCACUUUUGUCAUUGAGCAAUGUGUUUGACUAUCGGAGAAGAUCAGUCGAGUAUAUUAUACCGGGGACUGGAAUCUGUUUCUACAAUUUUAGGACUGGACAUACUGUUUCUGAACAGCACAGUGAAUCAACUUUUCUCGAAAUAUAUUCUGCUGCUGUAUUUGCAUCUUCGUGGAUUCUUUUGGGGUUGGACUUAAGGAACGUGGGCGCAGUGCAAGGAUACUGUGUGGAGGUUCUUAUUGUAUUUUAUCAAUGAAAUACUACUGCAUAUGAUAUGUUAACUCUGUGUCUUGGUACCCUGGAUAUCUGUCCUGUUUUUGAUUCGAAAAAAGACUGGACAACAUUCCAAAUCCAGAUACGAGGUGUACUCUUUACUUGACGUGCACGAGUUUAUGGAUUUCAAUGAACUUGAGAUCAGCCGGAAAUCACAGUUAUAAUAAUUCUAUACGUAUACUGUGAAAAAUCGAAAGAUCAAUUUAAUCUGGGCUUAGGUUAGUCGGCCUAAAUGAGCCAGUCGUAUUGAUUCAAUGUUGCUAUAACUUCUUGUUUUCUAUUAAGUCGGCUAACAAAACUUUGUAGUAAGAUGGUCAUGGUGGCGCUCGAUUGUUAUUAUUCAUGGGGUGGAGGAUGGGGGAUUGAUGUAAGGAAGACUCGCUCAGUUUUGCUCAAUUUUCAUUAUAGUAAUGGUUAAAAUAUUUGCUCGAAUGUCUCUAUUUUGGACCUGCGUCCUGAGUUUCCCUGUCACCUGUCUCACGCCAUCAAUCGUACCCUACGACAACAACUUUAUACUUUUCUUAUUUCAGUAGAACUUCUAUGUAGAGACGUAAAGGCAAAAUUUACAGAGACCUUUGUAUUCGGGAAUCAAGUGUCCUGUCCUCGUAUGCCGAGUGAAUAAACUAUCCUGUUCUGUCAUUUUGUUCAUUAACAGUUCAGUCUAGUUCAAUUACAAGUAAUGUGUUUUGUUGGGGAUAUCUACUGGUUGUAUAAUUAGGGUUAGCAGGACGAACUGAGUUCAUUAGAAUCUACAACGUUUUUUGUUUGCAGUUAGUUUUAGUAAUUGUAUAUCCUGCAUUAAAGCUUACUGAUGUUAACUUUUUAAAAUAUAUCAAUGUAUUAAUUGUUUUAAAUGACGAAAAAAUUAACGUAAUUCAUGAAAAUUAACACAAGUUAACAUUGUGUAAAACAUCAGUGUUGAUAAAAAGAAGGUUUUAAAAAACAAUAACUAGAUAUAAUGAUUGACAGGUACAGUGUACUUCUAUUUUAUUUAUUUUUAAACAUCAUUUACAUGCGUGUUAAAAUGAGUUCGAUUUCACUACUGCAAAUACAUAUUAUUAUAUAUAGGAGAGUCGGGCAUUCCUUUGAACAAGUCAUGAUCAAGUUAUGUAAUAGACGUAUAACAAGUAUUAGCAUUAACGUAGAUAUAGUAUUAUUUAGUAAUUAUAUUGGAAUUUUAUUUUUUGCUAAUAUCUUUAUUUUGGCGACGUUCAAUGUAUACGACAGUAUUUCUCACUCAACUUAUUACUGUUUUUGCAUUUUUCUGUUUUUGAAGUGUGAUGUUAUGCUUAUUUACAAGUUUGCUCAAUAAAUUGUUUUAUUGAUCAUUA